CCCAUAUUUCCUCUUUAUCCCUGUUCAGAUUCAUACAUAGUUCCAGCUUCUUGGAACGGUAGACAAGACUGGCAAAGAGCAGAUCUCGUGAACUCAACCGAAUCGAAGAUUAUUGUGGUACUGAAAAGUGACCAGGCAAAGAAAAACCAUGAGUUCUUGAAGUACGAAGCUGCUUUGGACAAAGCAAUGCAGGAGAAGGAUGUCACUGUUGGAAUGGAAGUUCUGGCCAAUUUUGGAAUCGACGCAAAYAAGGAUCCUGUUUAUGCCGCAGGGACGGUAAUGGGACGUGUACGAGCGGCCCAGUACAAUGUUACCCCAAAUUGCCAAGUCAAAGCCCUUCCACUGGGAGUAGGAGUARUACAACCGCUUAAUCGAGUGAAAAAAAUCAGCGAUGACAGGAUAACUGCGUCAAGUCGAUACAGUGAACGUAGCCUUGCUAGAAAUGGCAGGCUUGGUAAUGGCGAGGUGUGGUGUCCAAGCAGACAAAACGCUCGAGGUUCCUGGCUACAGGUUGACCUUGGCCUUCCCUACUAUAUCUGCUCAGUUUCYGUACAAGGAAACACUGCUAAGAGAAACGAAUGGGUCAAAAAGUACACCAUCAGUCUCUCUGAUAACGGGAGAACAUUUUACCCUAUYAAACAUAGCGGUAAAAUUAAGGAAUUUUCAGCAUCUCGUACUGGAAAAGAAAGUCCUCUAUAUGUAACGUUACCUUACAGAUUUGUACGUUUUUACCCUCGAGACUACUAUCGGUACCCUUGUAUGGGCGUUGAGAUAUACGGCUUUGGACCUGUCAAUACAAUUAACAUUGGGCAGCAGUUCAACCUCGAUGAAAUACGAGCGAUAGUUUUAGCCAAAGUCAUCCCUGGCCCUCAGACCCCUUUGCAAUAUGGUGCCAAAGAGGUCAUGCUUAAUGUCCCUCCGAAACCAAGCAAUAUCCACACUGGACGCACAGUCUACGCAYCUUUUGCAAAAGAUAAAAAUGGUUUAAAGAUUUAUUCUGUUGGGCGUAUAGGAGUGGUUGAUAACCCUGAUUCUAGGAAAUAUCUUGUUACACCAAUUUGCAGCAAGUUCCAGAAAUCUCUACCUCUUGGUAUCGGAAUAGUUGAAAGUAGCCUCCUGGAUAGAGUCAAUAGCAUCGCAGAUGAACAACUGAUUGCUACUUCACACUUACAGAAUCAUGAACCCAAAUACGGUCGUCUGGGUAAUAGUAAUGUAUGGUGUGCAGACAACGGUAAACUCAGAACAUCGAGGUUUCAAAUUAACCUCGGAAACCCAUAUCAUAUAUGCUCAGUGGCCAUUCAGGGUCAAAUCGCAGGCAAACAGAGCUGGAUAACURCUUUUAAAAUGUCUGUAUCAAACGACGGACGAAAAUGGAUUUUUCUUAGAGGACCAACAGGAAGUGACGUGUUUCAACGAACUGGUUUUAAUGCUGCCGAGUUUGCUGUCAGCGUGAACAGUGCCUAUCGAUAUUUCUCAUUUAAUCCUCUGUCGUACUACCGUCAUACGUGUAUGGGAGUUGAGUUGUACGGUAUYGGACCUAUAGAAAGAUCGUUGAUGUUCGACUUGGAAGAACUACGUAUUCAAGGGAGUGCYUGUGARCUAGAGAACCAGUGCCCUAAAGACACUCAUUGUGUACCCAGCAAUGUGAUAGGGAGAUACACCUGCAAAUGUCCCGAGGGAUACAUGUCAUCUGCGGGAUCCGGGGGAUUGGUGAUAACACCCGGUACUGAUGAGCAUUGCCGAA